GUUGCUACAUUUUGAUGACAGCAAAUUUACCUUUUUCUUUAUCCCCAAUGUUCAAAAGAUUGGAACUUUGCAAAAAAAAAAAAAACAACUUGGAACAAGCCCCAUGUGCAGCCUUACCUGUUGGGGUGAAUUGUCUGAGAGAAACAAAACCAAAACCAAAAAUGAAAAAGAAAAGCAAAUGCAAAGCAUUCAUUUGAAUCUGAUCAACAGACAAACAAGCACACAAAAGCAAAAAAAUAAAAAAAGUACUAAAACAAAAUAGAAAUUUGCAUGGCUUAAUUGGUUUCCUGUCUAUUUUUACACCUCAUGACAACCAGCCACAAUCAUUGGAGAUUGUGAAUAUUAAUUGUUAUAAAUGUCAACACCGCUCUUUACUUUUUAGGAUUCUUUGGGAAACUCAGGAGAUAUUUUGGGAUCUGGAUAUCUUGAGUUUUGUUUCUUGCUGCUGUUAGCUUGGCUUAGUUUGUUCUUAAUGCUCUCAUGUUUUAGAAUUCUGUGGAUUAAGUUACUUAAGCAAACUUCAAAGUAACUGUUUUUUAGUGGUUGUUGUUGCUGCUGAGUUUUCUUUUGUUUUUUUAUCUAAUUUUGUACUUUCAUUGUGUCAUUUGACUUGUCCGUUUCUCUUUCGCUCUCUCUUGUUUCACUUCAAAUUUACAUUUUUACUAAACCCCAUUUUCUAGGAUUUCCAAAAGGUUCCAUCUUUGAAAACCCAGAGCUUGUUUUUGUUACUUCUUGAUUGGUUACAGUUUACUCAACCCCAUGUUCUAGGAUUCACCAAAAAUUCCUUCAUUGAAAACCCGUAAGUGUUUUUGGAUUUGUGAUUCUGGGUUUUGCUUGUUUUGUGAAUUCUUGAUUGGUUUAUUAAUGGGUCAGUCAAGGUUCAUUGUUUUUUCCAUUUUGCUUUUCUUUUGCUGUACUUGUUUUUGUUCUUCUUUUGGAGAUCAAAAUUUGGAUAAAAUCACUGAGUUACCUGGACAGCCAAAGAAUGUUGAAUUUAAUCAGUAUUCAGGAUAUGUGACAGUAAAUGAACAAGCUGGAAGGGCUUUAUUUUACUGGUUGAUUGAGUUACCAGUGAGCCGUAGUCCUGAGACAAGACCACUUGUUCUGUGGCUUAAUGGAGGACCUGGUUGCUCUUCUCUUGCUUAUGGUGCAGCUGAAGAGAUUGGUCCUUUUCAUAUUAGACCUGAUGGAAAGACCCUUGACUUGAAUCGUUAUGCUUGGAACAACUUGGCAAAUAUGCUAUUCCUUGAAUCUCCAGCUGGUGUUGGUUUUUCAUACACAAACACGACAUCAGAUUUAUACACUGCCGGUGACAGGAGAACUGCUGAAGAUGCAUAUGCUUUCUUAGUUAAUUGGUUUGAAAGGUUUCCACAGUACAAGCAUAGAGAUUUCUACAUUGCUGGAGAAAGUUAUGCAGGUCAUUAUGUUCCUCAAUUGUCUCAAAUUGUUUAUGAAAGAAACAGAGGGGUUCAGAAUCCUGUUAUCAAUUUCAAGGGAUUUUUGGUUGGAAAUGCUGUUACUGAUGACUACCAUGAUUUUGUUGGCACAUUUGAGUACUGGUGGACUCAUGGUUUGAUAUCUGAUUCAACCUAUAGAAGUCUGCGAGUUGCCUGUGACUUGGGAUCCUCUACACAUCCAUCCUUGCAAUGCAUGAGUGCUCUCAGAGUUGCUGAAGUGGAACAAGGAAACAUUGAUCCAUAUAGCAUCUUCACACAGCCUUGCAAGGAUACUGCAACUCUAAAACGGAACAUGAGGGGUCAUUAUCCAUGGAUGUCAAGAGCUUAUGAUCCAUGCACUGAGAGGUAUUCUAAAGUGUACUUUAAUCUCCCGGAAGUCCAGAAAGCUCUUCAUGCAAAUGUAACUGGGAUUUCCUAUCCAUGGCAAACAUGCAGUGAUCUUGUUGGAAACUACUGGGCAGAUGCUCCUCUCUCUAUGCUUCCUAUAUACAAAGAACUAAUUGCUGCUGGUUUUAGGAUAUGGGUAUACAGUGGAGACACUGAUGCAGUGGUUCCUGUGACUGCAACUCGAUACUCCAUCGACGCUCUGAAGCUACCUACUGUUACCAAUUGGUACCCGUGGUAUGACAAUGGGAAGGUUGGUGGGUGGAGCCAAGCAUACAAAGGGCUGACAUUUGUAACAGUAACUGGAGCAGGUCACGAGGUUCCACUCCAUCGUCCCCGUCAAGCGUUUAUCCUUUUCAGAUCAUUUUUGGAGAACAAGCCAAUGCCUAGUUAAAACUCCUCUUAGUACUACUAUUCAUUUCCCUCGAUGAAUAGGCCGAAUUUUUUUUUAUAGAAUCAUUCAUACACAGGGCCAUGAAACAAGUCGCAAAAAGAGACGCAUUCUUCUCAUGUGCCCUCCAUUCUUGCCUACUUUGUUCCUUUUCCUGGAUACGUUGAAGUGAAAAGGAAAGUGCAGAGAGAUUUGGAGUUUGAAUUUAGAAUACAAACUUUGCCAAAAUUGUAGAAUAUUUGUAUGAAUUCUAUUCUUUAUAGGACUUAAAAUAAUGAAACCGAAAAUGUUGAUCAAAGCCAGUUGUGAUUACCCUG